AUGGCCAAAUCCCAGGCCUCACGAGGCACUCUGGGGCCGGGCAGGGAGCAGACCGGGCGGCCUGCCACUGGCUCCUCAGCUGCAGCGCUCAGGGUGGGUCGGGCCACCACACAGCUAGCCGGUCUUUGCUGCCUGCCGGCCAUGAGUGAAUUCCCACGGGAAACCCCAAGGGGGUCCUCAGCGCUCCAGGUAAACGGGAGCUCCCAGGGCUGCCUGGAGGAGGUGCCUGCAGCCACCCCCGGGUCCCGGCACAGCCUGGGCGUGUUCCACGUCUCCUACAGCGUCAGCAAUCACGUCGGGCCGUGGUGGGACAUCACAUCUCGCCAGCAGCGAUGGAACAGGCAGAUCCUCAAAGAUGUGUCGCUGUAUGUGGAGAGCGGGCAGAUCUUGUGCAUCUUAGGGAGCUCAGGCUCAGGGAAGACCACGCUGCUGGACGCCAUGGCCGGGCGGCUGUGGCGCAAGGGGACCUUCCUCGGGGAGGUGUGCGUGAAUGGGCGGGCGCUGCGCCGGAACCAGUUCCAGGACUGCUUCUCCUACGUGCAGCAGAGCGACACCCUGCUGAGCAGCCUCACCGUGCGCGAGACGCUGCACUACACCGCGCUGCUGGCUGUGAGCCGCGGCUCCCGCGACGCCGUGCACAAGAAGGUGGAGGCGGUCAUGGCAGAGCUGAGCCUGAGCCACGUGGCCGACACACUGAUCGGCAGCUACAGCUUCGGGGGCAUCUCCAGUGGCGAGCGGCGCCGGGUGUCCAUCGCAGCCCAGCUUAUCCAGGACCCCAAGGUCAUGCUGUUUGAUGAGCCGACCACAGGCCUGGAUUGCAUGACUGCCAAUCAGAUCGUGGUCCUCCUGGCCGAGCUGGCACGCAGAGACCGCAUCGUGAUCCUCACCAUCCACCAGCCCCGCUCCGAGCUCUUCCAGCUCUUUGACAAAAUCGCCAUCCUGACCUACGGGGAGCUGGUGUUCUGCGGCACGCCGACGGAAAUGCUGGAUUUCUUCGACAGCUGUGGUUACCCGUGUCCAGAACAUUCAAACCCUUUUGACUUCUAUAUGGACUUGACAUCGGUGGACACCCAAAGCAAGGAAAGGGAAAUAGAGACCUACAGGAGAGUCCAGCAGAUUGAGUGCGCCUACAAGGAAUCAGCGAUUCAUCACAGAACCUUGGAGAAUAUCAAACAAACCAAGCAUUUGAAGACGUUACCAAUGAUUCCUUUCAAAACCAAAGAUCGUCUGGGAGCGCUCUCGAAGCUGGGCGUUCUUUUGAGGAGAGUGACGAGAAACUUACUGAGGAAUAAGCAGGCGGUGACGAUGCGCCUUGUUCAGAAUCUGAUCAUGGGUUUGUUCGUCAUUUUCUACCUUCUGCGGGUCCAGAACGAGGUGCUCAAGGGUGCGAUCCAGGACCGCGUGGGCCUCCUGUACCAGUUUGUGGGCGCCACACCGUACACAGGCAUGCUCAACGCCCUGAAUCUGUUUCCUGUGCUGCGAGCUGUCAGCGACCAGGAGAGUCAGGACGGCCUGUACCAGAAGUGGCAGAUGCUCCUGGCCUAUGUGUUGCACGCGCUUCCCUUCAGCAUCGUCGCCACCCUGGUUUUCAGCAGUGUGAGCUACUGGACUCUGGGCUUAUACCCGGGGGUUGCCAGAUUUGGAUAUUUCUCUGCUGCUCUCUUGGCCCCCCAUCUAAUUGGUGAAUUUCUAACUCUUGUGCUACUUGGCUUCAUCCAAAACCCAAACAUAGUGAACAGCGUGGUGGCUCUGCUGUGCAUUGCCGGGGUGCUGGUUGGAUCUGGAUUUCUCAGAAACAUAGAAGAAAUGCCCAUUCCCUUUAAAAUCUUCAGUUAUUUUACAUUCCAAAAAUAUUGCUGUGAGAUUCUUGUAGUCAAUGAAUUCUAUGGAUUGAAUUUCACUUGUGGUGGCCCAAAUGGUUCUAUGAUGGCUCAUCCAAUGUGUACCUUCACUCAAGGAAUUCAAUUCAUUGAGAAAACCUGUCCUGGAGCAACAACCAGAUUCACAAAAAACUUUUUGGUUUUGUAUGCAUUUAUCCCAGUUCUCGUCAUCCUAGGAAUAGUUGUUUUUAAAAUAAGGGAUUACAUCAUUAGCAGAUAGUAUCGAAUAAUCCUGGGAAGAUGGAACUGAAGCUGCUAGAUGUGUGUGACUGCCUUGAAUGUCUGGAAUAAGACGCCAAGUAUUUCCUUCCUGAUGGGAUAUUUUAAGUCUUUUAACCAUUAAGACUCCAUUUGUGAAGCUGGCACUGUGCGUAGCAGGUAAAGCUGCUGCCUGCAGUGUUGGCAUCCCAUAUGGGCACUGGUUUGAGUCCCAGCUGCUCCACUUCCAAUCCAGCUCCCUGCUAAUGUGCCUGGGAAAGCAGAGGAAGAUGGCCCAAGUCUUUGGGCACCUGCAUCCAUGUGGGAGAUCAAGAGGAGGUUCCAGGCUGCUGGCUUCGGAUCAGCCCAGCUCUGGCCAUUGCAGCCAUUUGGGGAGUGAAUCAAUGGAUGGGAGACCUCUGUCUCUCUCUCUCUCUCUCUCUCUCUCUCUCUACCUCUACCUCUACCUCUUCCUCUCUGUAACUCUGCCUUUCAAAUAAGUAAAUAAAUCUUAAAAAAAAAAGACUCCAUUUAUGCCUCUUGGAUCCACAUAGGCCUUGAAUGCAAUGGAAAUGGUUCAUAGUCCCUUGCUGUCUCAACCUGCAAGGACAUGUGCCAUUUGGAAAUUAUGAGUGAGCUGGUCCAAGAAUAUAAGUAAUAAUAAUUGAUAAAUCUACAGAAGACUAGUGUGCCUGUUUUCUUUCCUUGUUCUAGACAUAGAAAAAUAGGUCAGUUUAACAACUUAGGCUUAUAUUUGAUAGACGAUAAAAGCAGCAGCAGGUUUCAAUGAUUCUGACUAGAAGUAACAGAUGAAGAGUUGUGAGUUUAACUGAAGCAAAGCAUCAUGCAGAAGUGGGUGAGAAUGCUUUUGUUAUUAUUUAAAACCCAUUUUUUCACAUGCACACAGUCACAGGAGGGCCCCAAGUUACCUGAUUGCAUGGAGUUUUUGAACAGAGGUUUGAUGAGGAACAGCCCUGAUACUGAGCGCCCAGUGAUUUUAUGGAAGGUUGAAGUAAAAACUGUAGGAAUGGGCUGAGUGGUGAACAAACCUCUGGUGAUGCCUUUAAAGGUUAGUUUGUUAUUCUUCACUUUCAAUUAGUUUACUUAUGAAAUUAAAAACAAACAUUACUAGACAAGAUGUAUGCAUUGAGAAAUGACUUCUUUAAGGUUUUAGAGCAGCUGUUAUUUCAAGUCCAUUUAGAAAAAAUUCUCAACUGACACAACAUUUACACUAGGAAGAGUAGGAUUACCCACUAGGAAUUCACAUUCUUGAACUUGUGAAGAGAAGAAUCCUGACAAAUACAAGUACAGACACCUAUAUUACAUAUUUCCAGGGCUCAAAUGAUAUAUAUAUAUGUUAUUAAAAAUGGGUUCUCCACCAAAUGACUGAUUAUCUUUCUGAUUAAUCUUCGUGUAACUCAAGUUCAACUCUGAAAUGAAACUGUCUCAAGGUUACCAUGGUAACUUUGACGAGACUCUAGAAGCCAGCAUAUGAACUUGUUCAGUAACUGUGACCUAUGUUGUAAAGAAUAAUAAAUUAUAGCACUUGAAAUGUCUCACAUGAUAGUAGGAAAGAUCAUUUCAUUAAGGAAGCCACAGUAAAAUUCUAUUUCAUAGAACACUAUUUAAGGAUCUGGAGACAUUGGUAAAUUACCAGAAUAGCACUGUCAAUUUUUAUAAAAGGUCUUUGACACUGAUGAUUAUGGUAUAAUAGUUACAUAAUGCCUUACAGAUUAUAUAUGUCACAUCAGUUAUAGACAAUCCUGGGGAGGAUAAUCUAUUAAAGUAGUUCAAAGAGAGUCCCACAGGAACCUCUUUUGAAAUCACUGAUUUCAACUUACUAAAGAUAUGGGUGUACAAUGUAAGU